AUGGCCAUGAUUCCGGUCCUGGUCAAGCGAAGCCUGCCGUGCCUAUAUCAGAGACGGGACAAGACACCAUUGACGAUCACCGUUUCGUGGCGCCGAGCAAUCCGAGGUGGGAUCGCGACGCUGGGUGAUGAGAGGGGGCUGGACUCACAGACGCUGAGAACGCUGGACUCAAGAUCGGGUGGAGGUACGAGUUCGUGGUCGGCGUGGCAUGCGUGGCUUGCACUGCAUGUCGCUCGGCUACGCACCGUAGUGCGAACCAGCAGAGGAAUGCUAACAGCAAUGAACAGGGCAGCGUCGCAUAGAAGUUGGGACGCCGGCGGUUUAGCAGAUAAAGGCCACCCGUGGUUAUCCCUGCUCCUGACAUUUGUCUGUGAGAUUGGCGAUGUUUCCACCCGCAACGCCUUGACCAUAGUCAGCGCCAAACCCCGAAGACUUGUGCCGGCCUUCUCGUUUUCCCUCCUAGACCCCGUGCUAGAGACAACGGAUGUCGAUCACAGAACGGGCAUGAUCCCUCGGGGGAUUUUAAGGCCGAAGAUGGUCGACAAUGACAUUACAGGAGUCAUGGCUCGCCCACGGCACGGCUGCGCGUCUGCACAUGACCACUGCCAUUUUGUCCGAAGGGUACACUGGGCCAGGGGUUCAGGAGCCAGGUGCAGCCAGGAGGAGGGGGGUCUAGCUCAGGAGAGAUAUCGAUCCUGCAGAUGGUGUGGUCACCAUGCGUCUGGCUACCCACUGAGAUGCAGCAGCAUGCCUGAAUUACCCCUUGAGUUCGUCCACGGAGCGAGAGUCAUGCCGCCGAGGCAAUUGUCGUCGAUAGUGGUUGUGCCUUUGGUCCUGCUCUUGUGGUGCGGUCGCAGGACAGGGGUCGAUUGGUCCCUGGUGGUCCGUCGACGGGCUGGCGAGGCUCUGGUGCGGUGCUGUGGGCACACGAUGCGAGGAUUCGGAGCUUCUACGGUUACACCCGGCCAGUGUUCGAUGCCCGCAGCUGAUUGUGAGGCGAUGGGCGCAAGGCACAUGGCAUGGAGGCGCUCCAACAGAGACAAUGGGCGGCGAGGAUGA